AUGAUAAGUCCUUCCAUUCAAAAUGAGAUCAUUGAAUCAAUUGGUGAUGUAAUAAAAAAUAAAGUAGUUGAUAGAGUUCGUACAUCUAAAUAUUUCUCAAUAUUAUGUGAUGAAAAAACUGAUACAAGUACCAUUAAACAAAUGACAAUCUGUAUUCGUUAUGUAGAUAGUACCACUUUUACUAUUAAAGAAGAUUUCUUAGGUUUUGUAGAAAUGGCUUCAACUACAGGAACUGCAAUUAAAGAUGCAAUAAAAGCUGAAAUAGAAAAAGUUGGUCUAAGUUUUGAUUUUCUCAGAGGUCAAGGAUACGAUGGAGGCUCAAACAUGUCAGGAAAAAAUAAUGGUGUUCAAGCGCUUAUAUUACAAGAACAGCCAUUAGCUUUUUAUACACAUUGUUUUAGUCACUCGCUUAAUCUUUGUCUUUCUAAAGCAUGCGAAGUUGUUUCAAUUAAAAAUAUGACCAGUAUAGUAGUAUAUUUCUCGAAUGAAAGUAGUACAACUAAUAAGAAAACUAAAUUAAAAAAACUUUGCGAAACUCGCUGGGUUGAUCGGCAUGAUUCUCUUAUAUCAUUUAAAGAACUCUAUAUUUACACUGUUGCUACUCUUGAACAUCUUGAACAUCAUGAUUCAAAUCCAGAGACAUCAAGUAAAGCAUCAUUAUAUAGCAAACAACAAGAUUUAUCUAAAGCAUUGACCAAUGUUACAGCAGUAAGACAAGCUUUAGAAACCAAACGUAAAAAUGCAGAUCAGUCUUUCAAAGAAAUAAUGAAUAGUGUCACUGAAUUAGCUUUAAAAGUUGGUGUAGAAAUAACCAUGCCUAGAACAUGUGGGAGACAAACUAAAAGAGUUAAUGUUAAUGCUAAGGACCCUGAAGAAUUUGAUAAAAGAUUUCAACAAAUUAUGCCACUAGAAGGAUUAAUACCAACUAAUUUUGGAAACUAUGACGAUGCAUCUAUUUUAGCGGCUGCUUUUAUUUAUGAAAAUGAUUUUCCAGUUGGCAUGAUGUCAUGUUUAAAAGCAGAAAUAUUUAUUUGGAAGAAACAGUGGGAAUCAGAAACGAAUCUUCCAGAGUCUGCUGUUGAAGCACUUCAACAUUGUACAGAGCUCUUGCCAAACAUAAAGAAACUUUUACAAUUAUUUGCUACAUUGCCUGUAACGUCAGCUACGCCUGAGCGUACAUUUUCAGUCUUAAAACGACUUAAAACUUAUUUAAGAGCAACUAUGACUGGAGAAAGAUUAAAUGGAUUAGCUCUUGCUAAUAUAAAUAAAGAUGAUUUAGACUUUAAAGAUAUCGAAAAAUACAUUUUACCAGCUUUUAUAAAAAGAUCUCCAAGAAGGGUACAAACAUUGGACUGGACAAAAUAA